AUGUGGACUGCCAUUGUAUUCUUCCUCCUGAUUUCCUUCUGUAUAUGUGAACACAGGUUUUCUGUCCUGAAAGAGAGAGGAGUCCAUGUAGUGCGAAUAAGCAGGCUUACAACUGCAAAGCAGUGCAGGCAGGCUUGUCGAAGCCCAGGUGCUUCAGGUAAACAACACUGUAAUUGGUCUGUGCCCUACCAGAAUCACUGCAUCCUCUUAGAGUGUCAUCAGCCGAGCAUGUGCCAGAAUGUCAGAGAAGAAGACAUCAAAGACCUACUUGCAGAAAUUGUUGGUGGGAAAAGGGAAACAGUCUUGUUUCACCACCAAAGCCAUCCACAGAGAAAAGAGAGGAUGGUGAAUGCACGGGUUGACCAACACAACGUGGAAAACCUGUUUUCCUCAAUCGCUUGGACUCAGAAGAUUCACUUCAGGCAUUUGCUUGGGGUUGAGAAUGAAGAUGUGACAACAAAUGCAAGAAAAGAAAUUACGAGCAGUGCCACCGCCUCAGAGUCCGCCACAGGGGCCACCACCACCACCACAGAAACUACCACCACAGGGGUCACCACCACCACCACUGCCACAGCCGCAACAACAAAAGUUGCAAAUGCAACUGUCCUCACUACAGCUUUUGAAACAACUGCCAAAGCCUCCAACACCCCUGGAGGUUCCGAUCUCCUUGAUGAAGCCUUGUCAUCCACUGCCUUUUCUCCCACUUCCGGUAACAUCCCCGCUUCCAUUUCCAGACAUGUCACCCAGCUUGUGACCACCACCGAAAAAUCAGGAGAUACUAGCUCUGUCUCUGUAUUGCCCCCCACUUCUGCUUCCGUCGCUGUCAUUUCUGAAGCAGGUACUCAAAUACCUCCAAUGGAGCGGUUUAACCCAGCCACCACCAGCUCUCCUCGGACUAGCAUUCCCACCACUCUUGGAGCUAGCCCGAAGACACUGAGCACAACAUUGACUACUCUCAUCCUGCAGGAUGCAGAAACAUCUGCUGCUGCUUCUACUCGUGCCACACUUGCGUCCGUGGAGAGUUCACACUCUGUGGAAUCACUGCCUGUCACUAAGUUGCCAAAAGCAAGUACAGCUACAACAUCCUUGAGUAAAUCAACUUCUCCUCUGGGCUCUACAAGAGGUGCCAUGGUUUUAACAACUGCCUCUGCAGCAGAAACUGCAACUGGGCAUGGGAUAAAGUCAACAUCUCACACUUUUCCAACAACCACAGCUCCAGCAGAUGCACCCAAAACAACAGCUUCGGGCUUUGCAGAAACUCAGGGGACAGACAACGAGUAUCUUCUCAUUGCUGCCGAGCCCCUGACUCAGUACUUGGUGGAUAAAAGUUUGCUUCUUGCAGUGCUUUUAGUCGGUACGUUUUUUUUCAUAACUGUUCUAGUUCUGUUCCUUAUGCAGGCCUACGAGAGCUACAAGAAGAAGGAUUACACACAAGUAGAUUACCUGAUCAAUGGGAUGUAUGUGGACUCGGAGAUGUGA